CCGUCGCCUGCUCCCGUCGCGAACGAUCGUGUCGCUGUGCGUGAGGUAGCGUUACCAAGCGUUACCCCGGUUACCCCGGUUUCCCGGUCAGGAGCGAGAGCGCGGUUUUGCGAAACCCGAUUUUGGCAUUACAGGCUGCCCAAAACCCCACGCGAUCGGGCGCGUUUGUGUGUUUGACCCUUUGCCGUUUGCAUGCUCCGCCACAUUCCACCUGUAUUAUUGUGCCAAUGCCAUUCCGAGUGCGAUUACCGUCCGUCAACCCUGUCGGUCCCGGAGCAAACCGUCUAUCCGGCUUUGCACGAGUGUGUUAUUUAAUCGUAUCGUACACACCGGACGCCCUUUGGUGUGACUACGUGCGUAUAUGUGUAGCGAUGCAAGUGUGUGUGUGUGUGUGUAUGUUUUUGAUUGGAUAAACCAAACAGCGCAAAAGGGAUUUCGGAUCGAAUCGAAUUAUGCGUAUCAUGCGCUGAAAGGUGAUAACGUUCAGGGAGUACCUGUGCCCCAUGUCCUUGUUGUUUUGUUUUAUAAUCCAGAACCUAUAAGUGCUAGUUCUUCUUCAAUCUGUGGGUUUCACUUGUUUCUUUUUUUUGUCUAUUGCCAACAACCGCGCCUCCGUUGUUGUCCCCGCGCGGUGCGUUCGCUCCAAACGCUUGUUUACUCUUUCUCUCGAUCGAUGCUCUCGCGUCCGUUCGCUCGCUCACUUUCGUUGCUGUUGUCUCUCUCUCUUUCUCUCUUUCUCUCUCUCUCCCUCUUUCUCUCUCUCUCUCUCUCUCUCUCUCUAUCUAUCUCUCUCCCUCUCUCUUUUCUUCGUUCUCGUUCAACUCCGCGCGCGCUCUUGUUUUUCGGUACGCGCGGCUCUCUACACACACGUUACGCAUCAUCCCCUGUGCCGAGGUGUUCUUUAGUGUAUUCCGGUCUCGCAUUCCGUGUGUGCGUUGUGUGCCUCGCAUCCGUACCGGGGCCGCCCCGUGUUGUUUUGUGCUCUCGCGCUUCGUGUUUGUGCGCUGUUUUGCUACUACCCAGCGGCGCGACCAGGAGUAGAAGGUGCAGUAUGCGCUGCUGACCGGGGUGGAAAAUAAAAAGGAAUGGCAGCAGGCGGCGACGGCGGUGGCGGCAGCAGUGCGCUGCUUCUUGACCAGGGUGAAUAGAAAACGGCUGCGGCGGCGACCGUGUGUUCAAGAAUCUCGCUAGUCAAAGCUACCAAAAGAGAGGGCGCCCAUGCAACGCCGACGACAUGCGAUGAAGGUUGUGUCUGGAGUAAAGCAAUUUAUCUGUGUGUAUGAACCUCCAGUGUGCAGGACGAGCGAUUGUAAAGUGUAUGUGUGCGUGUGUGUGUGUGGUUUUGUGGAGUGGCAUUUCAUUCAUGGCUAGAAAAGGUGCAUAAGUUGUGCUUGAAAAGCAAAAAGAAUAGAAAUGAAGCCAUAAAGCUAGAGCUAGUUAAAUGUAUCUGAACGAAAAAAAAAAACUACGCAUCUUGUCUGUGCGCUGCCCCACACUCGCGUAACUAUCUGUGGCCAGUUUCUUCACUCUGUAUGCUUCGCGCGCGCGUGUACGGUAGUGCGAUUUAAAUUGGCGGAACCGUGCUGCUAGAACCGUCCGUGCCCGAGUGCGGGGUGGUCACCGAAGGGAAAGAAAAUGCUCCAGUGUGUGUGUGUAUGUGUGUGUGUGUGUCUACUCAAGUGAUUGCGUGACGUGAGGAGAGAGUGGUUAGCAUCGGCACAAGUACUAGAAACGCGGGCAUAGACCAUAACACAACAAUCGCUCUCUUAACAAACGCCCAGAUACAUACAUACAAAUGCGCCAUUCUCCAUUUCCACUUUUGGAUAGCUCUGCGGAAUCACACGCACGUACAUUCAAGCACACACACAUACACACUCACUCACACAAAUACAGGUGUGUGUGUGUAUGGAAAGUGGUGAGGUGGGUCCUGUGGAGGGGCAAAUAAGGAGAACGAAAACGGAUGAACCGGUGAUGAAAACACACCGAGUCCGUACGGGCUCAGUUUCGUAAUUGCAAUUGGAAGCAAACCAACGAAAAGAAAAGCCAGUUUAAUGAAAAGUGCACAGUGCAAGCACAAAGCACUUCCUUCCGUUCUGUCUCAUCGCGUUAGAGGCGAGCAUUUGUGCGAUUGGUUCUAGUCCAAUAUGUUCGAUGAUUGGCAUGCACAAGGGGUUGCACAUUUUUCUAGCAAUUUAGGAUUCUAAAUGCCCACACAAACUCUCUUUCACACACACACGCACCUAGAACACACGCAAACACACACACACAUGGCAGUAAGAAACUCAAACUGCGCGUACUGCGAUGCAAAAGGAAACCCAACAUCAAUUGACAGUCAAAAACUGUCACCCAAAACAAGGCCACUUUGUUUGUUGCCCCCUUCUGGUGGCAGUGUGUGAAGCGCAGCAGGCGCUGGAGAACCGUUUCGUACCAAUCGCUGAAGAAAGGAGAAGGACACCUCUCGCCGGUGAGGGCACAACGCAAACAGUCCGCGCAAAACGCAAAUCCGCCGCAAGUGAGCGCAUGAGGAGGGGGGAGAGCUGUGAAAAGGAACGGGAUGCGUAAAUGGUGGCGAAAAGUAAAUUGCUAGAAUAUGCAUACAUAGUAAUAUAAACAAGAAUGUUAAUGAUAUGUAAUAAAUGGUUAGCAGCAUUCCGGUUCAGAUAAAAGAACCGACAGUGAAAUAACAACAAUAGAAAAGCAAUGUUUUUAGUGAUAUCGGUCCGCGCAGAAAAUUGGUUACCGGUGGUGGUGUGACCGGCGUGUUCGUACUGUGCAGUGUUGUAUCGUGCCGCUGUGAAAGAUUAAAAAGCAUCGAUUUGAAAUAUUUAUUAGGCGUGAAUCAUAUCCCCCCCCCCCUGUGCCGCUCCGUCUGCAGUCCUCCCACGCCCGUCUGGUGUGUGUGUGUGCGCGCGCUCGUUCGGGUGGCAGGAAGGUUUCGGUUGCGUAUUGACACGGGCGGCCGCCCCAUUGUUUGCACGCAAAACCAGUUAUGCAUGCGUAGGUGGUUCCGCGCCGCGGCAGUGUGCACGGGGAGAAGGCCUCGAGAAUAACCACCAACACAUACAUAUAGCGCGGCGAAGUGUGCUUUGCCCACCGUAGUGUGGCUGGCGUAGUGUGAUGUGGUGAUGCACACGGCGACCGCCACCACCAUCACCAACGUCGUGUGUGCAUCGACGCCCUCGUCCCGGCGCCGGCAGUGUGUGAUGCAUUCGGCCCAUUGUUGGACGGCUUCGUCGCUGCCCGGUGGUGCUGGCUGUUGCAGCAGUAGUAGUAGUAGUAGUGGCGGUGGCAGUGGUGGUAGUGGUAGUAGCAGUGGCGGUAGUGGCGGCGGCGGUGGUGGAAGUGAUAGUGAGGGCGAUUGACCGGAAAACAUGCGAACCGUCAGAUACGAUCGUCGUAGGUCCGGAUCCGCUGCCGUUUUGGCUUGCAAACAACAGCAGUGAAACGCAAAUAACAAGAAGAAAGGCAGGAGGGUGCAGAAACAGAAAAGAACAAAACAACAACAAACAAACAACUCGACAGCAGCAGCAGCAACAACAACAGCUGGCGCAUCAAUCAAUAAACCGCUCACACACACUUAUACAGUGUUUUUUUUCUGUGUGUGGUGCCGUGGAUUAAAAAGUUCUCUCGGUUUAUCGUGUUAUUAUUGUGAAGCAAAAGUAAUAAAAACAAAGGAAGCGUUCCUGCCCCCAAUGGGUAGCAAGCCCUGUAUUGUGUUGUGGUGGUGCAUCGACAGCAAGAACAGCAGCAGCCGUAUCAGCAGUUGCAGCAAGCGAAACCGCAACAGUAACAGCAGCAGUCGGCAUCCUCCGAGCUGCCUUUGCAAAAAUUAAAUACCACACAAAUGGUGAAGGAUUUUUUAUGGCGCUGCUCUCAUUUCGACUUAGUAUUCUGUUUACAAUAGGAUUGCUGUUGCUGAAUGGAUUCGUUUCCGAUUCGUCAGUGCUCGCAUUUGUCAACGAAGAAGGUCCGGAGCGGCUGCGGCUAAUAGCCGCACCGCCGUCGCACGUCAUCGUGACGGGCAGCCGCAGUGCGCCCGUCUAUCUGCCAUGCCAGGCGGAGCUUGGGCCGGACACGUCCGACGACAUACCGAACAGCAGCUACGGCGACGAGUAUCUGGACGAGCACAAUGAGGAGGACGAGGAGGAGGAGGAAGAUGAGGAGGGUUACGACGAGGACACCGACGAGAUGGAGGAAGACUUUCUGCCCCACACCUCCUCGCUGGUGACGAACAACGAUCUGCCCAACGGCGACCAUCGCCAGCAGCAGGCGCAGCAGAACGUUCAGCAUUUUUCGCGCCAAUACAAAGACUACGACGACACCGAGGAGGAGGACGAGCGUCGACGGCGGCGGCGAAAGCGAUAUGUGCACACGCAGCGGCGAGGGGGCGAAUAUUACGGGUCGCCGGGCAGCAUCUUUGAGUACGUGUGGUAUCGCAAUGGGCUGGAGUUUCUUACCACCUCCUUUCAGAACCAGAACCAGCGCCAGACGCAUAAAGGAUUCCGGCUGUUCGAGAACGGUACGCUGCGCAUCCUGUACAACCGGCAGAACGGAAACAUUGUGGCGGGCGUUUACCGGUGCAUGGCCACGCUUGUCAGCCAUCAGCAGCGGUACCAGGGCUCGAUCCUGUCCACCGAAAGUACCGUUUCGAUUGCGUAUCUUGAACGGGACAAUCAGAUAAAUUUCCCCAACAACACGAUCGUCGUGCGAGCGAACGAACCAACCGUCCUUCCCUGUCCGUUUCAAAGCUAUCCAGCAGCUAAUAUUACCUGGUCGAUGAACAAAACUGUGCUGCAGCUGCAUUCAAAUUUUGGCAACGCGAGAGACAGCAGAUUUUUUCUACUGCAAAAUGGCAGUCUGCUCAUCACGGACGUGCAACUGAUGGACAGUGGACGCUAUCGCUGCAACGCCACCAAUAAUUACGUCGCCAAAAAUGUGCGCAGCACCAGCUUCAAUCUUGCCGUGAUUAGUGCACCCCCAAGUAGCCUUACGGUGGAGAGAGGGAAACGUCUUCUGCCACCCCUUCAGCCGGUGCGCCUGUCGGUGCGUGCUGGCGAUACGCUUCGGCUACAUUGCGCCUGCUACUCGUGCAAACCGCAGUGGCUGUUCACGCCCCGGCAAAGCCAAAUCCCCAUACGGCUGGAAAACUUCACCCACCAAGUUGCGUUCGUGAACGUUUCGGUCGAGCGUCACGAGGGAACGUUCACCUGCCGAACGCCGGACGGCACCGAUCGGCAAGCGUUCAACGUGACCGUGCUGGUUGCGCCGGCAAUUGUCAGCAAAAUUGCCUCGUACACCUCCUCGGUAGUGGCGUCGAUGGCGUUCAACUGUACCGUCACGGGGAAUCCGAUGCCGGCCGCCAUCUGGUACAAGAAUGGGCGCGAACUUACCAGCAACUAUAUCGUGCACCACAACUAUCCGAUGCUGCAAAUCAACACGCUCGACCCGGAGGACGAAGGGCUGUACCAGUGUAUGGCGCGGAACGAGGCGGGCGAAGUUUCCGUCUCGUCCUACCUGACGAUCCGCGACCGUCAGAAGUAUCGGCACAAGGCAAAGCGGCUCGAUGGCAUCCGGUGCUACCCGGUGGAUACGACCAGCCUGUACUUAACGUUUACCGUGCCACCGCACGUGAGCGCAAAUAUCGAGUAUGUAAUGUACUAUCUGGCCAGCGAUGAUCCGUUCCGGUGGUACAGCUCGCCUCCGACGCACCUGGCGGCCAAUGGAAGCCUGCGGAUCAGCGGCAAGAUGGUGGAACCGUUCCGGAACUAUACCGUGUUUUUGCGCGCCUGCUCGGUGAGCGACAUCUCCGGGACGGAGAAUAUGCGCGGCAACGGCGCACCCGGCAUGCAAAAAGUGAUCCCGUCCAGAUUGUCUCGGGGAAUUCGGUGCGCAUCGCAAGGAUACCCAAUUCUGUCGACCUUCUUUCCUAACAACGGGAUUUUCAUCUGGUGGCCCAAACACGAUGGAAUACAGCCGACCGCUUUCACCAUACAGCUUCGGCAUGGUGGGAACAGUAAUUUGACCACCUUUACGAAUCAAAUCAUCGGUACGGUCGACCCGCUAGAUGAUUACAUGUCGCACGACGAGGUAGAACCACUGCUUGGGAAGAUUGAGGCAGAAACCAAGGAAUUGCAAGAUUGGCUAUGGAAUGAGAAUGACGCAGCAGGCGGGGUAAGUGACGGUAACAAGGGUGCGGAAAAUUUUGCCCAUCAAAGACGACGCCGUCGUCGGCGCCAGAGUCACCGAGAGGGUAGACGCAAUCGGCACGCGUUCGAUCUGUCCAAGGAUCGGAAGCAAAUUUUUGACUCACUGGCCACUAGUGGUGCAAUGGAUGUGGACGUACCGAUUCCAGUGAAUGCGGACAACAUUCGAUCCUCGAACGUGUCCAGCAUCCAGGCGGCCGUGGCAGCAGCGAAACUUUCGACCGCCGGCCAAGGAAGCCUCGGUGACGAUGCUCAAGCUCGGAAAACGCACCAACAGAUCACGGUGACGCAGGUAAAGGUGGCAGGCAAUGUGACGGGCAUUCUGCUGCCAAACAUCCGUAGCGUGAUGGUGCGUGUGUUGGGUUCGUUGGCGACAGAUGGUGAACCAGCGGUACAAGACUUGCGGUACGUCGAGUGGAAAGUGAUUGAUACCGAUGCUCCACGAACCGAUGCCGUCAAUAGAUUUCAGGCGAGUCACAUCGAUUCCCGAAGCGUACAGUUUACCUGGAGCCGUUUCGUUGCCACCAAAGCGAUAAAUCGGUGCCUGCAGCUGUGUUACAAAAACGUCAACUACGAUGUGACGAUGCGCGGAGGAUCCAACCGGUUCGACUGUCAGAAGAUCCCAAAGGAUGCGUCGUAUUACAAUGUGAAGGAUUUAGUUCCAGUUACUAUGUAUAAAGCUUUUUUGAAGCCCUGCGAAUCGACCGAAGCACUUAGCGAUAUUCUGGACUUUCAAACAAAGCACGAUGUUCCCGGGCCCGUUACGAAUCACGAGCUUCAUCGCAAGGGCGGCACAAUAAGCAUAACUUGGGGUCCGCCCGAAAACCGUAACGGUGUACUGCAGGGCUAUCUAGUGGAAUGGAUAACGGAGGAUAGUGUGCAGCAUUCGGCGAACCUUUCGGCCGAUGCGAUCAGCUUCACCUUUCCCAACGUAACGUCCGACGAGCGUAUCAAUAUAUCGCUCCGCGCACUAAGCACAUUUGGGCUCGGUAUACCGAUUUAUCUAAAUUUGAAAAAUUACGAGGGCGUUGUAAGUGGCGGCGAUGGGAACGGUGCUGGAAACCCGACCGGAUACAACGACCGUUGGCUCUUCCAGCUCUACUUAAUAGCGAUCGUGUUGAUACUGUUCGUGGUAAUGGGCAUAUUUUGCUACCUGCUGUUGCGACGGAAAGCGUGCAAAAAAGCGAACAGCAGCUCUGGCGCUCCACUUAAUAACCGAGCGCCGGUAACAACCGCUGGCAGCGAUGUUCGGCAUCAUCUUGCGAUCGAUGCGUCCGCGAUGCAAAUGAUGGGUAUGAUAACGGGGUGUAACAAUGACAUGCAUGAGAUGCAAACACUCAUCCGCUCCAGCAACAACUAUCCAGCGCGUGCAAACGGAACAGUAAUGGCCAACGGGCUCGCGAUUAACACGUACGGUCAAACCAUGCCGGAAACGAAUCCGGUCCCGGUAGCGGCACUGAUAACGCGGAAUCGGCCUCAGCCCCGAAAAUCGUAUCACGCACCGUCGGCAAACGUACCUCUGAGCGGAACAGUUUCUACGGCUGCCAGUAAAGUGGGCCCGUGUACAGUUAUUACUUCCUACAAAGAGCUGUUGGGUAAGGAACGGCUAGACUGUGUAGGCAGCAGCAGCAGCAGCUGUGGCAAUGCAAGAUUUGCUCCUACUGUUUCCAAUAUACCUCAGCGAUCAUCGACAAAAGUGGGUGGUCAUUACGACGGAACUGAUAAAGGUUCUUCCGGUGCAAACGACGCGGCUGCUACGAGUAGUGACAGUUGCUUGCCGGUCAAUCAGGAGUGUUUAGCAACGAAUGGGCCUGUUGCAACAACCUCAAACAACGGGAGCACCUCAGCAACGCUCACCCGCCGUACAAGUGAACGCAAAUCGUCGCCAACACUUUCAUUCUCGUCCAAACUGCCCUGUGCUGUCCUACCGUUGUCGUCGUCGCCGUCGUCCUCGUGUACAUCCACACCGUCGUCAUUAUCGCCGGCCUCCUCACAAGGCGUGCUGAUAAAACAGCGCUCUCCAGUAGAAUUCGAUAGCAGCCAACGUAGAUUAUUAGAGACAACCUUAGAUAGUAACACAAGCACCAUUAUUGUAGAAGAAGCGAAGCAACAGCAGUUAGAUAUACCAGCAGCACUCGCACCACCACCACCACCAACAACAACAACACCCCAACACCCAGUAGAAAUUUAUGAUUACGACUAUGCAACGAACUGUGAUGAUGAAAGGGAAGACGAAAGAGACCAUAGCCGGCAGCUACUGCUCGCGCAGGAAUGCCGGGAGGUGCCUGAACAUACAACGAGUCCGUUGAUGGGACCGAUGCCAACAGAUCAGUCCACUGCGGUGCUCCCUACCUUAAGCGAGCAGGAGAACAAGCUUCACGAGUGUAUCACUCGACGACAGCAGUCGAAAACUCACGAUGAAGUCAAUCAGAACUAUCGCCAUGCUAAUGCGUUCGUGUCGAGCAACGGAGUGGAAUUGGCUUUGGCGAAAAACAAACCACAAACCUACAACCUGAAGCGUAAUCAAGGUGAGGAACGGGGCCACGACGACGACGACAACGAUGCCGACGACGACGACGACGACGCCGGCGAUAACGAUGAUGAUGAUGAGCUGGAUAAUUCAUCAUCGCUACUGAAUUCAAGCAGCCUCAGUACAAAACCCCUCCACCAGCAAAAUCACACCUCCAGCUGGAAUUUUCGACGACCCAUCAUCGGUCCAAACGGCUAGGUUGAACAGUACGCAGCAACUCCAGCAAACCGGGUGCAUAGUAUCCGUAAUGAAGGGGCCGAUAAAAUGGCCGCUUCUUGUGGUGGAAGCAGUUACUUCCGCCGCCUCUCAGGUACAUUCGUUUUAUGUUAUAGUUUUUGAGAGAGCAGUGAUGACACUGCUUUUCCCCCGUACAGACACAUCCCCUCCUAAUGCGACGGUGCGUCAUCACACGGUGAUGCACGAUAUGAUAUGCUGUUGCGCUUCGGCAGAGCAACGACAACAAUUGAUUGGUGGCAUGAUAACGCGAUAACCCCACCAGCCCGAGCGCGUUGCAUUGUCAGGUGAAUGGGGAGGAAAGGAUUGUGUACGGUACCGCGGGGUGGUAUCGUUCGUCAUCUUAUUAGUAUCAGCAUGCCGCUGGAAAGGUAGUUUAGUAGGAAGUAGGUAGCAGGUAGAACGAAGCAGAGGCUUGAUCGUAAUUUUCGAUUACUACUUUAAGUGAUAUUUUUAAUUUGAUGUUAUAACGAGUCUUCUAUAUAUCUUGAAUGUGUUUUUUUUGUUUGUUCUGCCUUAAGCGCUACCGCUAUCUUUUAUACAUAGUUUCCUUAAGCUCACCCAACUCUAUAAUGCCCCGCUGCGCGUCGUUGUGGUCGAUUGUGUUUUUAGUUUGUUUCUUUUUUUUGCAAAGGUUAACAGUUCCCGCCACGCCGCGCGUGUAUAUGAUUAUCUAUAUGUUUCCUAUGAACGAAACGAUUUGCAUUUAAGCACACCACAUACAAACAGAAAGGUGCAGUAGAAGAACACGGGCCCACUGUGCUCUGGGUACGCGGGUGUACAUUUUGUUGUUACAUUACGUUUUACAAGUUACAGUGUUCCCCACUCGUUGACGUACUGUUCCCCCUCCCUAUUUACGUUACACACUGACAGACACAGCAUAUUUAAACUGUUUGCUACUACACUUUUACUACAAGCCAGAAGAGUAAAUAUCUAGUGGAAAGUGAACUCGAAGUAAUCCGCUUCCACCACCAGUGUGAUCUACAGUAUUGUUUAUUUAUGGAAACUCGCAUUUUUGUGCUUUUUUUUUUAAUCUAUAUUUCUCCAUGACUGUCAUACGGUUGGCUCAUCUUAAGCCAUUUUGAUGCAUGCUCUCUUGCGUUAAUGUACUGUGUACAACAAUGCCGGUAAUACAUAUUCUUCUACACAGACACACACUCACACACAACCACCAGCGCCAAUUCCAUUGAUCUAAAAUUUCCAUACGAAGUGAAGAAGUACAUAAAGGAAAUGCGGGAAGUGUAGAAUAUAUAUAUACUCACAGCAAACUGAAAGUUUUACUUUGUUGCCAAAUAACACUACUACAGCAGCCAUUCGAUGCGCGCUUAGAUUUACAGGAAAGCAGCACCCGCGCCGCUGCUGGGCUAGUUGCAUUCUUCAAUGAAGAACGGUAGCUAGUUGCAACUGUAAGAGCAUUCGAACUCCUCGAACGGGAACGGCAGCCGAAACGAUGUAAUCGGGAAGCGCCUGACUAAUUUUAACGGUCUAAUUUUAUAAUCUUGUGUAAUAAUCUCAUCGUCCCACCAAAGAGCAAACUACUACACACCCUAGCGGUAUGGAAAUAUAUAUAUACAUGUGCGCUAAUCUACAGGCAGAUAUUUAGCUUCAUAUAUAGAUUCACACCUUGUUCGCCCCCCCCCCCCCUUAACGCGCUCUUCCCCAUGUUUCUGUCGCUAUUCACUAAUGUACUUCUUCAUCUUCGCAAACACACCUAUUUUUUACGCUGGGCGGUAUUGAACAAAAAAAGAAAACGGGCCUUGGGUGAGCAAAGCAUAUAUUUUACGCGAAAUGUUUAUAUGUCGCGCCUGUCCCCCCUCUUUAUUAUAUUUAUUUAUGCUAUAUGUAAAGCGUACGAAUUACAGUGUCCAACAAAACCUAAUGGUUCUGAUACGUGUGCCGUUACACUGCUCCAUUUCCGUUUAGGGCUCUCAAUGAUUUGGUUUAAAUGUUCUUCCAAAUUUUAAUUGCAAGUGUAUGAUGAAGAAAGGAAAUGAAAAUAAUAUGGUAUAGAACAGAGUAGAAUCAGUCUUGUAAUAGUUUAAAAAAAUCACAAACACACACACACACACA